AUGAAUCGUUUCGAACAGAGGAAAAAGGAAGUAGUCAGGGACUGUUUAAAAGGGCUAGAAAGUGAAGACCACAAACUGACAGAGAAAAUGGAAGACAGUAAAAUUAAAAAGAAUAAUGAGAUCUUUAGAAAUUACCGAAGUACCUUCACAUCUUCAGCACAAACUUAUGAUCCUGAUGUGAAUCCUUUUGUGAGUGAUUCAGAAGAAGUACAAAAAUCUAGAUACUGGAUGAACAGAGAAUAAGCACAUGAUCUUUUUUUAGGAACAGAUUCAAAGGGAAUAGCUUGUUUUAUUAAACCCCCUGCAACUGUCCUGGAGAAUCUGAAGUGUAAUAUACUCAAUGACACUAGUUCCUUGGUGGUGGAUGAUUCUGAGGAGCUGGUCAGCAAUGUCAUCAGUAUUGAAUGUUAUGAAGAUGAAAAACUACUUUUCCCUAUCAACAUUGCAAUCCCAUUUUCAUCAUGCUUCAGAGAAAAUUAUCAGGAAAUUAUGGUGAAGGUGACUGAUACCAACUUCCAGUCAAGCUACUUAACUCCUAUUUCUUUGCAAAGAUACCAAGGAAACCAUAAGGAAAGUUUUGCAGAAGUAAAAAUUUAUCAUCCAUGUGUUUUUUCUGUGUUGUCAUGCUUAAAGAAGGAAACAUUUACUGUUCCAAAGGCAGGACUCUUACAGAAGCUGAACGUGGAUUCUAGAAUCUCUUUCUGUUACCAUCCAGAAACAUUCAGUUCUCCAGCACCUAUGCAGUUAAAGAUUCAGCCAAUUGAGCCAUCAUUGGUUUCAGCAUUGAAAGCAAGACAUAUGUAUCACUCAGUGAUACCUACUAGCACACUGGUUCAUGUGCAGCAUCCUUCAUCCCAACCUUUUAACAGCUCAGUCACUCUUUCUCUACCCUGUCCUCCAAACCCAGAAAAAAGACAAGGAGAUGAGACAGAACAUGCAACAGCCAUUAGUGCUACAGUAAAGAGGGUUGCUGCAGCAUACCAUCCUCACUUCAAAUCUUCUGUGAGAAGAAGUAGGGACAAUCUCAGUGAUACUUUGAAAUUAUUAGGUCAUGGAAACAAAGAGGGGUGGAAGCUGUUUGAUGAUGUUAUUAUCCAGAAUGCACAGAAUGAGCUUGUAACUUUUGAACUAAAUGAGCAUUUAGAAAGCUUUGGGGUCAUUUGCCUUGCAUUCCUUUUGGAAAACAGGUAUCUUCUCCUCUUUGCUCAGGCUGUGGAAGAAGUCUCCGUAGCUAAUGUGAUACUGUAUCAGAAAAGAGAAAACCCAUAUAAAAUAGUAGUUUUGCUGUCUGCAUCCAGAGAAUUGACCAAUGAACUUCAAAAUCUCCACGAGGAGGGUUAUUUUGGUCCCCCAGAAUCUAUACAGCAGUUCCCAUUAAGACAAGGAGAGCAGAUUCAUCUGAGAUUUAGAGAAAAUAUUUCUGCUUCAGAGAAUGGAGAAGACUUCAGGAAAGUCUCCAGACUGAUUUUUCAUUCACAAAAACAAAGGCUGGAGAUCCAAAUUAAAGUGGAUGAAUUUGGUAACCACAGUUCACCUCAUUACAAAGGAACAGCAGUAGUUUAUAAAAUUACCAGAGAGACGAUACCAAAGAAAUGGGAACAAUCCUUUCCAUAUGAUGAAUAUCAACACCAGUCUCCACUGUGAAAAUUAGCAAUAACAUUGCCAAAGGAUAAUCAUGAAAAAUUGAUCCACCAUCCACAAAGUACAAAACGAAUUUUUUCUGAUUCAUCAGAGGCCCUAUGGGACAAGUUGCUGUUCUGGCUUGCAGAAGAGCUUGCAGAAGAUAAUACAUCAUUGUUUGCUUUAUGUUUACCUGUUUGACGGAGCGUGCUUCAGCUUGUUAGGCUGAAGUGCCCUGAUAAUUUAACACACCAGAUCUAUGAGCUGCUUUGCUGCUGGAAAAAGACAUCUCGGAAGUCAGCUGAUAAACAGCAGCUCUUGUCUCGCUAUUUGCAGAAGAGUGGCAGAAGUGAUCUUUCAGAAGAACUUCAUUUUAAGUGGCAAAAUAAGGUGUUCACCUGA